AGUAUUAUUUGUUUUCUAUUUCUGGGGGCGAUGAUGACGAAUGUUUUCGUAAAUUUAAUUACAAAUAUCUGAAAAGUACAAAGAAAAGACAUAGUGAUAGUGAUACAUUAAACCCAGUAUAAAUUUUUAUCAAGGAUAAGUGAGUCAGGCAGGCGUUUUUAUAGUCUAUGUUUGAAUAAAAUACAAUAGAAGUCAAUUGCUUUACUAAAAGCAAGAAUAACAUUUUAAAAUGUUAUUUGAUAACAUAAGGAAAUGUCUUGCUGCUCAACCCAAUUUAACCUAUGAUGAAGCAUGUUUAGAUAUCACCAAUAUACUAAAUGAGACUGUGCAACUUUUAUAUCAAUAUGAUGAAUGUUACAAAUGCGACUUUCAAAAUUUAGCUCUUCUUCAGCCAAGUAAAUGGACUUCUGUUCUUGUCAGGACUAGCUCUCCGCUUCAAAUAGAUUAUUAUCUAAAUAAUAACAAGUCAAAGUGCCAUUACCGUCAACUUCUUCAAGAACAUUAUCGUUAUGGGCUGAAUGUAACAAAUAAUUGUGGACCUAUUUAUAUUAAAGACCAAGCAGACAAUGCAUAUCUACCGAUACUCAUGGCAUUUGUGAUAUUAUUUUCAUUUGGAACAUUUUGGUAUAUGGUAAAAUGUAUUUACAAAAACAGUGGUAGAGUAAGACAACUAUUAACAUGGACCACAGAAAUGGAGGAAUAUCGCAUUUUAAAUCUUCAGGAUUUGAUUGGGUCAUCAGCAGGAACGCCAGUUGUUUUCGAACGACCACCAAUAGCUUUGGUCAAACAUCCUAAUCGCUUAAAAUCUGUUGAUACAUUUAGAGGUUUGUGUAUUGGACUCAUGAUAUUUGUCAAUUAUGGAGGAGGGCAGUACUGGUUUUUUAAACACUCUGUUUGGAAUGGUUUAACCAUUGCUGACUUGGUAUUCCCUUGGUUUCUGUGGUUAAUGGGAUUAUCACUGACUAUAUCUAUUCAAAAUAAACUGAGAGCUCUUGUACCAAGACGACUUAUGGUUUUUCAAAUAAUUAGACGAACUCUUAUACUGAUUCUUCUCGGAUUUCUACUGAAUUCAAACAAAAAUUUGUCGACAAUCGCCGAUCUUCGAAUACCUGGUGUACUUCAGAGAAUUGGUUUGACGUAUAUGUUUGUAGGGCUAAUAGAAGUUUGCUUUAUUAAAAGAUCUGAAACUGAGACAACUAACUGGGCAUCAGACCUCCUUUCGUCAUGGCCCCAAUGGAUAGUAAUAUCAUCUUUAGUUUUUGUUCACACCUGUGUAACUUUUCUUACCGAAGUUCCUGGUUGUGGCAAAGGUUAUAUAGGGCCAGGUGGAUUGGAAGAUGGUGGAAUACAUUAUAAUUGUACAGGAGGUGUAGCUGGAUAUAUUGAUCGACAACUGUUUGGAAAUCAUUUGUAUUCAGAUAACAAUUUGGAGAAAGUAUAUGAAAUUAAAGACAAGUUUGAUCCCGAAGGUUUUCUUGGAACAUUGACAUCCAUCCUUACUGUAUAUUUGGGCGUUCAAGCUGGAAGAAUCUUAAGAACGUAUGAAGGCGUUAGAGGAAAAAUGUAUAGAUGGAUAGCCUGGGGCAUUAUACUUGGACUUCUUGGUGGAGGUCUUUGCACGUUCUCUAUAAACGACGGCCCCAUUCCGUUGAAUAAGAAACUCUGGUCUCUUUCAUACACAUUUGUAACAGCUGGUAUGGCGUUCCUAAUUCAAGCUGGUCUAUACUUAUUUGUAGACAUUUUAAGGAAAUGGGGUGGCAGGCCGUUGUUCUACCCAGGCAUGAAUCCCAUCAUUGUCUAUGUUGGACACGAGCUCAUGAAAAAUACGUUUCCAUUCGGAUGGAAGCCGACAGUUAUCACCCAUGGUACCUAUCUAUUUAUGAAUUUAUGGGGCACGUUCUUAUGGUUUUGUAUUUCAAUUUGGAUGUACAAGCAUAACAUAUUUUUCAAAAUAUAAAAGUCGAGUUUGUGAUAUAGUUAUAAUGUAUAUAAAGUUGUUUAUUGUUAAUAACCACUGAUUAUUUCUAAAUAGAUAUAGCAUUGACUGAUCAGCG